AGAGGUUCCUCUCCUCUGGAACCGAGGAGAGAGCGCCACCAGCCAAGUGAUUAUCAGCACCUCUGGAAGGAAGGUAUCAGCCUAGAUGGUCACCAACAGCUGAACAGACAAUGAGACUGUGGUACACAAUGGAAUUUUAUCAGCCAUAAAAAUAAGAAAUUAUAGAAAUUUCAGCAGCGGCUGGGAAAGCAGAAAGGGCGUCUCCAGACACUCUAGGUCAACGCCAUGAAGCCGUCGCUGCUCCCGUGUCUGGGGUUCCUCUGCACGCUGCUGCUGCUGCCUGCCCUGGGAGGGACAAAGAACAAGUACUAUCCGGGAGAAUUGUUACUAGAGGAGUGCUGGGGACAGCCCAAAGCUAAUGACUGCAUCAAGAAGUGUUCUAGAACUUUCAAAUGUGUAUACAGAAAUCACACGUGCUGCUGGACCUACUGUGGUAACAUCUGUGCAGAAAAUGGGAAAUUUUUUGAAAGAAAGAAAUGACCCUGACUUCUCGCCGUCCCGACCUCACGUGGGCUAGCAGAUGCUUGAGAGACUUCAGAACAUGGCUGGUGGUGACUUUUAGAAAUGCUGUGUUUACUGGGGGGUAACAAGGCAAACACACUUGAAAAAUAAACCCUUAUGAACAGACU